GUUCUCAGCUCCCUUGGGUACCAUGUGGUCACGUUUGAUUAUCGAGGCUGGGGCGAUUCAAUAGGCAGCCCAUCAGAGAGGGGAAUGACCUACGACGCCCUUCAUGUCUUCGACUGGAUAAAAGCAAGAAGCGGAGACAACCCUGUCUAUAUAUGGGGACAUUCCUUGGGCACAGGGGUCGCAACAAAUCUAGUGAGGCGCCUUUGUGAGAGAGAAACACCCCCGGAUGCCCUGAUACUGGAAUCUCCGUUCACCAACAUACGAGAGGAGGCACGAAGUCACCCCUUUUCUGUGAUAUACAGAUACUUCCCUGGCUUUGACUGGUUCUUCCUUGACCCCAUCACGACGAGUGGAAUUAAAUUUGCAAAUGAUGAAAACGUUAAAUACAUCUCCUGCUCCCUGCUCAUCCUUCAUGCUGAGGAUGACCCGGUGGUGCCAUUUCAUCUAGGAAAGAAGCUUUACAACAUCGCUGCAACGUCACGGAGUUUCCGAGACUACAAGGUGCAGUUUGUUCCAUUCCACACAGACCUCGGCUACCGGCACAAGUACAUCUACAGGAGUCCAGAGCUACCUCGAAUAUUGCGGGAAUUCCUGGGAAAAUCUGAACAUGAGCAUCGUCACUGAAGACUUAGCUGCUUGGCAGCACAGAGGUUUUCCAUUCUUUCCUUCCUCUCCCUCCUCUUCCUCCUCUCUCCCUGUGGGUCAGUCUGCCAUUCUUCCAUCCCUGGCACUGGAGGAGGUCAGGGAUUCCCACUCCGGUCCUGAUGUGUACCCUUGGCAACUCCAGCUCCUGGCAUCAGCAUCUGUGAUGGUAGAAGAAAGAAGUUGUUGGCUUCUUUUCUGACAUGGAUGGAGGGGUGAAAACAGCCCAAGAGCUGGUACCAAACCAUGAGAAGUGUAAGCACAACAAAGCCUGGCCAAUCCAGCAUGGUACUGCUGAGGACAGACAUUCCUAGCGCGUGUGCAUCAUGACCAAGGGUGUUUCUUUCACUUUUAAAAACUGCUGCUGUUUUUUGGAUCACGUAGAGACUCGUUUGUAGGCAAAUGGCUUUUGCCGUGUCUCCAUACCACAGUUGUCUUGAGUUUGAGGUUGUUCUCUUUCUAGGAAAUAUAUGUUUUUGUCUUCCCUUUU